AAAGAAAAAAUAAUGCGUGUCGUCCUCUUCUGCCUCGUUGUCUCUGCGAACGCGCUCCCAGAAGCGCACCUCCGCGGCCGCGUCAAGGACCACCUGCGCGACCGCGACCUGAGCGUCCCCGAAGACGCCAAGAACCACUACGCGAACACCGACGCGUCCUCCGAUGAGAUCUCGGCAACGAACUUGGAGGAGGGGCGGCCGCCUCGGGCUGCGCCGCCUCUUCGGCCUCGCGUCCAUCAAGGGCACGCUCUCCCACGAGGGCGCGUCAAAAGACAUCAAGUCAAAGGCCGAGACGGCCUACGCUACGGGCGGCCACGCGCGGCCCGUGCUCGAGACGGAGGUCUCGCCGCGGGACCAGGACACGGUCUCGCAGCACGAAACUCAAGGCGCCGACGCCGCGCUCGCCGAGCUCGCGGACGCGCACAACAAGGGCGGAGACGCCAUCGACGCGGCGGCGCACGGGGAUGGCGACCCGGCCGCGUCCAUCAAGGGCACGCUCUCGCAUGUCGAGGACGCGCCCCAAACUAUUACGUCGGAGGCCGCGGCCUUCGACACUGAAGACAUCGAGGGCGUCGCCGGCGAGGGCGAGGCGCUCUCUGGUUCGACGGCGCGCAACGCCGCGGCCGAGAUGGUCAAGAGCAGGCUGGCGACGCAGACGACGCGGCCGGCCUACACUGCGCGACACGACGCCGGAUCUGCAUCACAACGGCGUCUUCAGACCUGCGACUCCGGCCAAGUCCCGGACUGCUCCGGCGUCUGCUGCCCAGCGAGUUGGAUCGGCGACGGUGUCUGCGAUGAUGGCAAUUCCGGUUGCGACUUCAGAUGCGAGGAUAACGACGGCGGGGAUUGCGGCCCGCUGCCAACACCUUUCCCGACUGCCGAGCCGACGGUGGCUACGCGGCCGGAGCCGUGCGUGUGCAAGGCUUCGUGGAGCAACACCGACUGUUCUACUAUUCAGGAGGGAUGCCCGGCGGAAGGCUCAGAGUGCGAGACGGUUUGGGGGUACCGCUGGUGCGAGGUGGAUCCGUCGGAAUGCUCCUCGGCGAAGGAGCAUGGUGACUAUCAUUACAUAGAGUGCGACGAUACGAACGUGGCUACGCGGCCGGGCCGUGCGCGCGUGCCUUGACACGUGGAGCAACGCCGACUGUACUACUAUUCAGGAGGGAUGCCCGACGGGCGCCGCGACGGCAGCCCCUACCGCUGGUGCGAGGUGGAUCCGUCGGGUGCUCCACGGCGCUUCCGUAUGGUGACUACUUACAUAGAGUGCGACGAUACGAACGUGGCGCCGCCGGGCAUUGCGUGUGCCUUGACACGUGGAGCAACGCCGACUGUUCUACCAUUCAGGAGGGAUGCCGACGACGGCGCGCGCGACAGCAGCCCCUACCGCUGGUGCGAGGUGGAUCCGUCGGGUGCUCCACGGCGCUUCCGUAUGGUGACUACUAUUACAUAGAGUGCGACGAGACGAACGUAGCUACGCCGGAGCCGACGGCCGCGCCCGACGCCGCGCCCGACGCCCAAGCCGUCGCAGCCGCCGACGGCGUGCCCGACGGUGGCUAAGCGGCGGCCGUGCGCGUGCCUUGACACGUGGAGCAACACCGACUGUUCUACUAUUCAGGAGGGAUGCCCGGCGGAAGGCUCAGAGUGCGAGACGGUUUGGGGGUACCGCUGGUGCGAGGUGGAUCCGUCGGAAUGCCUCGGCGAAGGAGCAUGGUGACUAUCAUUACAUAGAGUGCGACGAUACGAACGUGGCUACGCGGCCGGAGCCGUGCGCGUGCCUUGACACGUGGAGCAACGCCGACUGUACUACUAUUCAGGAGGGAUGCCCGACGGACGCCUGCGACGGCAGCCCCUACCGCUGGUGCGAGGUGGAUCCGUCGGGUGCUCCACGGCGCUUCCGUAUGGUGACUACGCCACAUAGAGUGCGACGAUACGAACGUGGCGCCGCCGGCAUUGCGUGUGCCUUGACGUGGAGCAACGCCGACUGUUCUACCAUUCAGGAGGGAUGCCCGACGGACGCCUGCGACGGCAGCCCCUACCGCUGGUGCGAGGUGGAUCCGUCGGGUGGCCUCGGCGCUUCCGUAUGGUGACUAUCAUUACGCGAGUGCGACGAGACGAACGUAGCUACGCCGGAGCCGACGGCCGCGCCGACGCCCGCGCCGACGCCAAGCCGUCGCAGCCGCCGGCUUACGUGCUCCGACGGUGGCUAAGCGGCCGGCCGUGCGCGUGCCUUGACACGUGGAGCAACACCGACUGUUCUACUAUUCAGGAGGGAUGCCCGGCGGAAGGCUCAGAGUGCGAGACGGUUUGGGGGUACCGCUGGUGCGAGGUGGAUCCGUCGGAAUGCCUCGGCGAAGGAGCAUGGUGACUAUCAUUACAUAGAGUGCGACGAUACGAACGUGGCUACGCGGCCGGAGCCGUGCGCGUGCCUUGACACGUGGAGCAACGCCGACUGUACUACUAUUCAGGAGGGAUGCCCGACGGACGCCUGCGACGGCAGCCCCUACCGCUGGUGCGAGGUGGAUCCGUCGGAGUGCUCCACGGCGCUUCCGUAUGGUGACUACGCACAUAGAGUGCGACGAUACGAACGUGGCGCCGCCGGGCAUUGCGUGUGCCUUGACGUGGAGCAACGCCGACUGUUCUACCAUUCAGGAGGGAUGCCCGACGGACGCCUGCGACGGCAGCCCCUACCGCUGGUGCGAGGUGGAUCCGUCGGAGUGCUCCACGGCGCUUCCGUAUGGUGACUACUAUUACAUAGAGUGCGACGAGACGAACGUAGCUACGCCGGAGCCGACGGCCGCGCCGACGCCCGCGCCCGACGCCCAAGCCGCUGCAGCCGCUUACGGCACGCCUCGACGGUGGCUAAGCGGCGGCCGUGCGCGUGCCUUGACACGUGGAGCAACACCGACUGUUCUACUAUUCAGGAGGGAUGCCCGGCGGAAGGCUCAGAGUGCGAGACGGUUUGGGGGUACCGCUGGUGCGAGGUGGAUCCGUCGGAAUGCUCCUCGGCGAAGGAGCAUGGUGACUAUCAUUACAUAGAGUGCGACGAUACGAACGUGGCUACGCGGCCGGAGCCGUGCGCGUGCCUUGACACGUGGAGCAACGCCGACUGUACUACUAUUCAGGAGGGAUGCCCGACGGACGCCUGCGACGGCAGCCCCUACCGCUGGUGCGAGGUGGAUCCGUCGGAGUGCUCCACGGCGCUUCCGUAUGGUGACUACUUACAUAGAGUGCGACGAUACGAACGUGGCGCCGCCGGAGCAUUGCGUGUGCCUUGACACGUGGAGCAACGCCGACUGUUCUACCAUUCAGGAGGGAUGCCCGACGGACGCCUGCGACGGCAGCCCCUACCGCUGGUGCGAGGUGGAUCCGUCGGUGCUCCACGGCGCUUCCGUAUGGUGACUACUAUUACAUAGAGUGCGACGAGACGAACGUAGCUACGCCGGAGCCGAGCCGACGGCCGCGCCGACGCCCGCGCCCGACGCCCAAGCCGUGCAGCCGCCGACACGCCUCCGACGGUGGCUAAGCGCCCGGCCGCGCGCGUGCCUUGACGUGGAGCAACACCGACUGUUCUACUAUUCAGGAGGGAUGCCCGGCGGAAGGCUCAGAGUGCGAGACGGUUUGGGGGUACCGCUGGUGCGAGGUGGAUCCGUCAGGAAUGCCUCGGCGAAGGAGCAUGGUGACUAUCAUUACAUAGAGUGACGAUACGAACGUGGCUACGCGGCCGGAGCCGUGCGCGUGCCUUGACAGCGUGGAGCAACGCCGACUGUACUACUAUUCAGGAGGGAUGCCCGACGGCGCGCGCUGCGACGGCAGCCCCUACCGCUGGUGCGAGGUGGAUCCGUCGGGUGCUCACGGCGCUUCCGUAUGGUGACUACUGCCACAUAGAGUGCGACGAUACGAACGUGGCGCCGCCGGCAUUGCGUGUGCCUUGACGUGGAGCAACGCCGACUGUUCUACCAUUCAGGAGGGAUGCCCGACGGACGCCUGCGACGGCAGCCCCUACCGCUGGUGCGAGGUGGAUCCGUCGGAGUGCUCCACGGCGCUUCCGUAUGGUGACUACUAUUACAUAGAGUGCGACGAGACGAACGUAGCUACGCCGGAGCCGACGGCCGCGCCGACGCCCGCGCCGACGCCCAAGCCGUCGCAGCCGCCGACGACGUCUCCGACGGUGGCUAAGCGGCCGGAGCCGUGCGCGUGCCUUGACACGUGGAGCAACACCGACUGUUCUACUAUUCAGGAGGGAUGCCCGGCGGAAGGCUCAGAGUGCGAGACGGUUUGGGGGUACCGCUGGUGCGAGGUGGAUCCGUCGGAAUGCUCCUCGGCGAAGGAGCAUGGUGACUAUCAUUACAUAGAGUGCGACGAUACGAACGUGGCUACGCGGCCGGAGCCGCGCGCGUGCCUUGACACGUGGAGCACCGCCGACUGUACUACUAUUCAGGAGGGAUGCCCGACGGACGCCUGCGACGGCAGCCCCUACCGCUGGUGCGAGGUGGAUCCGUCGGAGUGCUCCACGGCGCUUCCGUAUGGUGACUACUAUUACAUAGAGUGCGACGAUACGAACGUGGCGCCGCCGGAGCAUUGCGUGUGCCUUGACACGUGGAGCAACGCCGACUGUUCUACCAUUCAGGAGGGAUGCCCGACGGACGCCUGCGACGGCAGCCCCUACCGCUGGUGCGAGGUG